UCCAACCCUAGAGCUCCCACCAUCGCCCUUUAUUCCUUCCAAGCCUUUAGGCCCCGCCAUCCCUAAUUCGGCUUUUGGUUCCCCUUUUUAUUUUUCUCCCAUUAUCGUCUCUCUCUCUCUCUCUCUCUCUGAUCUCGAUCUCUUCGAUUUCUUCUCGAUCUCGGCGUUCGUGAACCGAAAUCUUCCUCAGCGAUGACGAUCGGAUCAGGAGGAUCAAGCGUUGUGGUACCUCGGAACUUUAGACUGCUAGAGGAACUUGAACGUGGAGAGAAGGGCAUUGGAGAUGGCACAGUUAGCUAUGGGAUGGAUGAUGGAGAUGACAUUUACAUGCGUUCUUGGACGGGUACCAUAAUUGGUCCACAUAAUUCAGUACAUGAAGGUCGUAUUUAUCAGUUGAAGCUCUUCUGUGAUAAAGAUUACCCUGAGAAACCUCCAAUUGUCCGCUUCCACUCACGGAUCAAUAUGACAUGCGUUAACCAUGAAACUGGAGUGGUUGAACCAAAGAAGUUUGGCAUUCUGGCAAAUUGGCAGAGAGAGUACACCAUGGAAGACAUAUUGGUACAGUUGAAGAAGGAGAUGGCAGCACCGCACAACCGGAAGCUUGUUCAGCCCCCUGAAGGUACCUUCUUCUAGUGGAUUAGUAUAAUCAUUGCUUGUCCUACAAAUGUCAAGGACCCAAGGACUGCCUCGUGUGGAUCCCUGUAUUCAGGUUGCACCAUUUUCAUUUUAUGUUUAACUGCAUUGCAGUCAGGAUGUUUUAAAUAGGAUCGCUUAUGCUCAUGUGGGUGAAAAACAUGAUCAUAUUUAUGACUAAUAUAUGCAUAAGCUUUCCAGAA